GCCCACUAUUGAACGAUACCCCCCCACCACUCGCCUUCUCUUUGCGCAUAAUGAUACGGUAAAUCCUCGACUUAUUCUAUUCUCUUUCUGGCCAUUCCCGACUUUAACAAUGGCGUCUGCGGUGUUCUUCCUGGACCUGAAGGGCAAGACCCUUCUGGCGCGAAACUACAGGGGAGAUAUUCCCAUGUCGGCGGUCGAAAAGUUCCCUGUACUGCUCAGCGAGGCUGAAGAAGAGAGCUCCGCCGUCCCGCCAUGCUUCUCCGACGAAGGCAUCAACUACCUCUACAUCCGCCACAACAACCUCUACCUCCUCGCCAUCACAAAACGCAACACCAAUGCCGCCGAAAUCCUCCUUUUCCUGCACAAGAUCGUCGAGGUGUUUACAGAGUACUUCAAGGAGCUGGAGGAGGAGAGCAUACGGGAUAACUUCGUCAUUAUUUACGAGCUGCUCGACGAGAUGAUGGACUUUGGGUAUCCGCAGACGACGGAGAGCAAGAUAUUACAAGAGUACAUCACUCAAGAAUCACACAAGCUUGAAGUCCAGGCGAGGCCACCGAUCGCAGUCACCAACGCCGUCAGCUGGCGAAGCGAAGGCAUCCGGUACCGCAAGAACGAAGUCUUCCUCGAUGUCAUCGAGUCGCUCAACCUCCUCGUAUCUGCAAACGGCAAUGUGCUACGGUCCGAGAUUCUCGGCGCCAUCAAGAUGAAAUGCUACCUGUCCGGGAUGCCCGAGCUGCGGCUAGGCUUGAACGACAAGGUCAUGUUCGAGACAACGGGGAGGGCGACAAGAGGGAAGGCGGUGGAGAUGGAAGAUGUCAAAUUCCACCAGUGCGUGCGGUUAUCGCGGUUCGAGAACGACAGGACGAUCAGCUUCAUUCCGCCCGACGGCGAGUUCGAGCUCAUGAGCUACCGGCUGAAUACCCAGGUCAAGCCGCUCAUCUGGGUGGAAUGCAUAGUUGAGAGCCACUCUGGCAGCAGGAUAGAGUACAUGUUGAAGGCGAAAGCACAGUUUAAGCGACGAAGCACAGCCAACAACGUCCAAAUCUCCAUACCCGUCCCCGAAGACGCAGAUACGCCCCGCUUUCGCACAAACAUCGGCACCGUACACUACGCGCCUGAGACCUCCUCGAUAGUGUGGAAGAUCAAGCAGUUCGGCGGUGGCAAGGAGUUCCUCAUGCGCGCCGAGCUCGGGCUGCCCUCCGUACGCGGCGACGACGAGAAGGGCGGCGGUAUGAUGGGUGGAUUUGGCGGUAGUAUGGGAGGUGUGGGGGGUGGCAAGGGGAAGAGGCCCAUUAGUGUCAAGUUUGAGAUUCCGUACUUCACGACGAGUGGGAUUCAGGUGCGGUAUUUGAAGAUUAUUGAACCGAAGCUUCAAUACCCCAGCCUGCCGUGGGUCCGGUAUAUUACGCAGUCGGGCGAUAUCGCUGUGCGGUUGCCCGAUGUGAACUAGGGGGUUUCUGGGCGCGGUGAUAUAUAUAUACCAAUGAAGAUAUGCAAGCAUGGCUAUCCGAACUGAGCUAAGUUGCUUGUUUGAGACG